GAAUCUCAACAGUAGGUGGUGAAUGAACGUUUAACAUAGCUAACAAAUGACACAAAUUAAAUUCUGAAUUUUAAACUUUCAUCUUCAGGAUUAUAGGUAUGAAAAGGUAAUAAAUUAAAGGUUACAUGACCUGAUGGUGUGUUUAUUUCAAGCUCUGGAUCCUGGUCAGUUACACCUGCCCCUCAUCCGGGCCCUGCUCCUCAUCAACCCAAUGCCCCUCCUGUCCACACAUGAAAGACAUUUCUUCCCCCAUGUAUGCCUUUUACCCAACCUCAUCCUUGGCCCCUUCUCCUCGGGCCAGAACCUUGGAAAAAAGACCUGGUCAGUGUCGCCCCACAUUUGGUUGUCCAUUUGCUGUAUUUGUUUCUGUAUCUUAUUCGUGUCCAGGUUUUCGUUCUGCACUUAUAAAGUUGCUUUGGAGUCCCGAAUAAUGUCUUCUCCAUGUCGUGGAUAGCAUGUUUCCAGAUGACACAGUGCUUCUUGACUUACUUAUUUAUUUUUGGCUGCAGACGGUACAUGAGUCACUUCUUUUGUUGUUGUUCAUACGGAGAGUCAUUUCCAGAACUACUCUGGAGUUAGCGUCAAAGAUAUUGGCCAUUCUUUUGACAAAUUGGUCCACACUUUUUCCAGUAUUUUGUUUACAGCUCUGAAUCUUAGUCCAAUCUAGGCUUUGUCUGUAAUGUUCAGUGAUUCGUUCAUAAAGAGCUGUGAGUCUCACUUGGUGUUGUUUGUUCGUGUUGUCGGUAUAAGGAAUCUCCUGAUGAUUGUCUCAGUAGGCAUUGAAAUCGCCUUCAACACAGCCCCAAUAUGUUUUCACUGCAAUGUGCCAGUGUACUAAUGUUACAAAUAAAGUGAAUCAUUUGAAUUUGUAUAGAGUUGGAUCAAGUACACACUAGCGCACAUGCUAGCCUCAAUUAUCCAUAUUUAUAAAGAAAAAACAUGACAAGGAAAAUAGAAUGAAACCUGAUGUUUAAAAAAGAUGUCCUUGCUUUUCCUCGCCAUCAUGCUCAUCGAGGUGCCUGCCAGUGACUAGCAACCAACUUCCUGUUUACACUUGUAUACGCAUGCCCAGUGUGCAAGAAUGGUCAUGUGACAUGCAUUUUCGGUCGUGUAGUGUGGAUGGAGAUCGUUUCUGGAACACAGAGGAAACGCCAGUGUGGACGAGGAUGGUUUUCACAUGCACUAGUGUAAACAGAGCCUGACUGUCCCUCAGUGGUGGAAUGAAUUUCCGACCACAAUCAAGACUGCAGAAUCUGUCAAUAUGUUCAAAAAACCCCACCUAUUCUCUGAACAAUUAACUAACCCCUAACUUGACACCACCACACUGGCUCUUCCACCUCUACUCUGUGAACUCUGCUUCUGCAUUAAAAAAACUUGCAUGGUAGCACUAAUGGUAAAUGGUCUGCACUUAUAUAGCACUUUUUCAACCUUAGCAGUUCUAAGGUUGUGUCUCAAUCACUGAUUCACACACACCAAUGGUAGCAGAGCUGCCCUGCAAGGUGCUAGCUUGCUAUUGGGAGCAACUUGGGGUUCAGAUCAGAUGUCACUCAUGUUCCUUUCUUAUUUACUGAUCGGCAGCUGGUUAAAUAACGAGAGUAUUCUUCCUGCGCAUGUUUAUAAUAUUCAUUGUUACAUACUGUAUGCAUGCUAAUACAUUUCAUACAACUUGUGUAUACUGUGUAUUUUGCUCUGCGUCAGUGUCUCACACUAUUGGGUUGUUGAUUUGCACUUUACAUAGUCUUGUGUACUGUACUGUUAUGUGUUCUUACCUAUAUAGAGGAAUGACAAUAAAAACCCACUUGACUUGACUUGAAAUAAAAAUAAACAAAAAGCUAAAGAGGAAAAGUUGAUGAAAGACUAACAAGCAAACUGUUUCCUCUGCCAACAACCACACAGGUAUUGUGACAAGAUGUCCGCUCGAGCUCAAGAUGAAGAAGAGCAGGAAGACAGACUUCUGGCAUGGAAAGAUCAAGUAUGAGGAUUAUGAAGAAGAGAUUGAAGAUCCAGCAGACGUGGAGCAAAUGAUUAGAAAAGCUCAGAAUGAAAUAGCUGGGACUGUCAUGGGCAUCAGUGAUAAGCUCAUCAGCCUGGAGGUGACAUUGUCCAACGUUCCUGACCUCACGGUCAUCGAUCUGCCUGGUAUUACCCGUGUAGCAGUCAAAGACCAACCAGAGAACAUUGGAGAACAAAGUAAGAGGCUGAUCAAAAAGUUCAUCACAAAGCAAGAAACCAUCAACCUGGUGGUGGUGCCGUGUAACGUGGACAUCGCCACUACUGAAGCGCUGAAGAUGGCUCUGGAAGUUGAUUCAAACGGCGAGAGAACGUUCGGUGUCCUAACGAAAGCUGACCUGGUGGAUAAAGGCUCGGAGGAGACAGUGGUGUCCAUCAUCAAUAACGAGAUCGUUUACCUCAAUAAAGGCUACAUCAUCGUCAGGUGCCGAGGACAGCAGGAGAUCAAGGACUGUGUCUCUCUGAAUGAAACCGUCAAGAAGGAAAGGGACUACUUUGAAGAUCACCCACAUUUAAGAAAAUCACAGCAUUCACUCAGGAUGCCAUCAACCUGACGACUGAAGAGGAGGUGAAGAGCAUGUCAUAUAUAAACAUCUUCUCAGGUCUGAGGAAGCAGUUUUCUCUCUGGAAGAAUGAUCUAGACAGUGUAGGAGAGACAUUUAACAAGAGGAUUGAGAAGGAAAUGCAGGCGUAUGAGGAAAAAUACAGAGGCAGAGAACUUCCAAGCUUCCUCAACUACAAGACCUUUGAGGUGAUAGUGAAGGGCCCGAUCAAGCAACUGGAGGAACCUGCCAUCGGGAGACUGAAGGAAAUCUCAGGUAUAUGGCAUGAAUUUGUUUGAAGUUAAAUCUAUGGAGCAUUUUCUUAGGCUUUAAGCUUGUUGCCUGCAUUGUAUGUGUUGUGAACUUAGCACUGGAAUAACAAGCAGUCAUUUUCUUUAUUUAUCCAAAGUGUUUGUGAAUGUAAAGGGUAAGUGGAAAAAGAUAAGUGGAAAACACCAUGUCUUACUACUACUACUACUACUAGAUUAUAUUAUAUUUCCACAGAUUCUAAAUUUAUCUUCCACACUCCAUUUUGCCUUUUGUUUCCCGGUCAACAUGACUUCACAUGCCAAAUAGUUGUGUCUAAGACACUGAACCCCAUGUUGCUCCCAGUGGCAGGCUAGCGCCUUGCAUGGCAGCUCUGGUAUCAUUGGUGUGUGAAUGUGUGUGUUUGUGUGUGUGUGUGUGUUUGUGUGUGUGUGUGUGUGUGUGUGUGUGUGUGUGUGUGUGUGUGUGUGUGUGUGUGUGUUUGUGUGUGUGUGAAUGGGUGAAUGAGAAACAGUGCAAAGAACCGCUUUGUAGAACUGCUAAAAUUAAAAACCACUAUAUAAGUGCAGAGCAUUUACCAAUCUGUCUUUAUAUCUCAUUAAGAAGGAGUUCAUCCAACUGGCUCAAUCCAACUUCCCAGGUUUCCCUAAUCUCUAUAAAAUAGCAAAGACCAAAAUCGAGAACAUAAAGCAGGUGAAGGAGUCAGAGACUGAAUCAAUGCUCAGGACCCA